AGAGGAGACGAAAAGGCAGUGGCAGUGGAGUUCACGACGAUGAAGCCACAGCUGAAGGUGGAAGCACCAAAGGUAGUUGAUGCAGUGCAAUCCUACAAGACCGCAUUCGAUGCUAUCGAUAAUAGCUGUACUCUUUACCCCAAGUGCAAGGCUGAGCAAGAGCUUCUUCAUAUCCUUUCUGUUCAGUUUGAGCUUGCUGGCUCUACCAUUCUCGUAUCUGACAUCGCUGGUAACUCUGCUUCUGUGAAAAGUGAGAAAACUGGAUGUGUGCUUUGCAUCAAAACUGAGGACGUGGAAGCUGUUAUAGCCAAAGUCGUGAGUGCUGGAGUCAUCAUAAAGGGCGACGACGUGUGCUGUGGUGGGCACGUGGGCAAGGACAAGGCUCCCUAUGGAUACAAUUGGCUCAUUUGCUCCCUUGCCAAGAAUGUUACUGACAUCCCUACACUGUUGGGAUCUGGUUCUUUUUUUGCUUUUUAUUUUGAAAAUAGUAUAGAAAACAGGUCUAUGGAAACUGCAUUUUGCUUGGCUAGUUGUCGUAGACAUGAAGGUGACGUAACUGGCUAUAGGUUGCCAAUUUUAGUUUUACGAGGGCAUACUGGAGCUGUAACUGCCAUUGCAUUUAGUCCUAGGCCUUGCCUUUGCUUCCCAGCUUUAAUCGUCAUCUGA